AAAUCCUUUCCGCCUGACUGUUGCCGCCAUCAUGGGCACGAGUCGCGUGCAGCCUAUCAAGCUGGCCCUGGUUACCAAGGUGCUAGGCAGGACCGGCUCCCAGGGACAGUGCACGGAGGUCCGCGUGGAGUUCAUGGACGACAGGAGCCGCUCCAUCAUCCGCAAUGCGAAAGGCCCUGUGCGCCGGGGCGACGUGCUCACUCUCUUGGAGUCCGAGCCAGAGGCCUGUAGGCUGCGCUGAACUUGUGUCUGGGUCCUGGCUGGCUGGGUGAACACACAGCCCACGGGGAAGAUCUUCCACUGUUAAUAAAGUGUUUGUGUAAAUUCGGA